AUGUUGCUGCCGAAGGUGGUUGGAUACAAACUCGUCGGGGAACUGAAUCCAUUAGCCACCUCUACGGACCUUGUGCUGACUAUCACCAAGCACCUUCGGUCUCUGGGCGUGGUGGGCAAGUUCGUGGAGUUCUUCGGGCCCGGCGUGGAGGCGCUCAGCAUCGCGGACCGCGCCACGGUGGCCAACAUGUGUCCCGAGUUCGGCGCCACUGUCGCUCACUUCCCAGUGGACAACCGAUCGCUGCAGUACCUUGUGCAGACCAAUCGCUCAGAAGAGAAGAUACGAGUCAUUGAGGCCUACCUCCGCGCAACCAAGCAGUUCCGAGACUAUAACAACACCGAGCAGGAUCCAAUCUUCUCUGAGAUUGUGGAAUUAGAUCUAUCUACAGUCGUCACCUCAGUAAGCGGACCCAAGCGGCCUCAAGACAGGGUCUCCGUCUCCGUUAUGAAGAAGGACUUUAGGGACUGUCUCACGAACAAGGAUGAAGAACUUACGAUUAAUGAAGAUCAAAACACAGAACAGGGCCCUAUAGAUCAAAAUAUUAGAAGCCAAGAACAACAGGAAUUAAAUUCAAAUGAACAACAGGGUUCAACAGCAAGACCAAUAUUGCAUAGAAGAAGACAAAAUAAUCCACCUGAACUUAUAGAAGCGAAAAAACGAAUGGAUGAAGCAUAUAGUUUUAUGAAGCAACAUUCCCAGCUGCAGCUAAAGGAUGAAGAUGAUGAAUGCUCUACCUUUGGGGUACUUGUGGCUAGAAAGCUACGAAAACUUUCUGAACAACGCCGAGACAUCAUGAUGGCAAAAAUACAUGAGCUAUUUGUCGAUGAACACGUCUACAACUUCAAUUUGCCUAAUUAUUCUUCCAGUCGCCCAAAUUCUGCUGCAACAAUGCUAUCAUACACACCAUCACCACCCCAAAUCAAUAUCGCAUCUCCGUCAGCGGUUGCAAGUUCGCCAAAGGUUGCAUAUCCGACAGAUGUGGCAUCUCUGAAUUCUGCUACCAGUCAACCUAAUUCUGAUGCAACAAUGUUAUCGUAUACACCAUCACCACCGCAAAGCAAUAUCGCAUCUCCUCCACAGGUUGCAUUUCCGACAGAAGUGGAAUAUCUUAAUUGUGUUAACAGUUAUCCAAAUUCUACAAAGGUUUUGUAUACGUCAUCUUCACCGCAAAUGGAUGCUCCUUCUCCUGCAUAUCAUGUUGAAUACUCAGAAUACUCUAAUGAUACUCCUUUGAAUCUACCGAAUCCUACUUCUAGAAUGGUGUCGUAUACACCAUCACCAUCGCAAAUACCUCGAGGGAAAAAUAAUUAA